UGUUUUAAUUGUGACAUACUGAUAAUUUAAAAAAAUAUGGUAAGAUACAUAAUGAACAAAACUUUUGCUGGAACUAAAUCCUCCAACCUACAAAUAAUAAGCUGACUUUGCUGCCGUCAUUUGAGUGCUGUGCAGUUAUCACUCUUUUUUUUUCAAUGUAUCUUUCCUUCUUCUCUCUUAAUGUUUAAUUCAAGUCUCCUCUCCUAUCCACUGCCUUAAUGAAUACAGAAUUUCUGGUAUUUCAUUUAUAAGUUAAAUAUGCUUCUAUGUUUCUCAAGUCACUCACCCAACUUUCCUCACUUCUUGAAGUUGAAUUUGUGACACGCCUGCUAUCGAUAUUUAAUUCUUAUUGUUUCUCAACCUCCUACUAAUUUUUACAUGAGUUUAUGUGUAUUUGAAUUAGAUAUGCUCUUAGGUGUGUGGAAUGUUAAUUCGAGAUUAUCAGGGACAGAAAGGAUGAUCUUGGUAUCAAAAGUCUCUAGCUAGCGACCUUAUCACAUGUGGGAUCUUGGUUAAGCGACCUCCCAUGGCCCCAACUGUUUCAGUUAUUGUCAACUAGCUAUCUUGCAGUUAUUAUCGAGUACAAUAACAUAACAUUAUAGAAGUACAGUUGCUAUUGGUUUCAGUGUCACUAAUAUUUAAUAUUAGGAAUAAACUCAAUAGUGAGCAAGUGUGUAACACUCCUGAUACUUCAUAGAGAGCAGAUUGAACACGUUAUAUCUGCAUUGCUUCAUUUUUUGUCUGCCUACAACUUUACAAUAGCUCCUCUUUUGCUCUGAGAUAAAAUACAAGUACUUACAUUUCUCCUGGGUUUCACUUCUUUCAUCUCUGUAGCCCUUGACACACUAAGCUCUGGCACACUGUCCUUAAUCUAAAUUAUCAAUACUUUACUCUUGGAGGCUCUUCUCUUCUGCAUCACCUGUUACACUUCUCAUCCUUAACAGCCCAUAUUCAAUGCCAAGACUUUGGGGAGAAUUUUCAUAACUACUCCCCAUCGCGUUCUGUGCAGGCAGUAUGUUUCCUGUGUCACAUGGUUCACACAGUUUGAACAUGUUUAAGAUCUGUGCACUCUGUUAGAUGUGAAACUACAAAAUUCAUAGAUCUUACCUUGCUACCAUUACAUGUAUAACUUCUAGAAAUUAAUCACCUAAGGUAAUAAGUUAAUAAAUGUUAAGCUAAUAAUUAUUAAAUUACCGUGAAAGCAGAGGAAAGUACUCCAGGAGCAUGAAAAUAUGGAAGCAAUUAUGCAUUUUCAGCCACCUGAUGUACGUUAUUGUAUUUUACCACCUUGACUUUACAUAGUGUUUCUUCUAUUAUUAAUGCAACUCACACACUUCACAAAAAUUGGAAAAUGAAGAAAACCACAGAAAGAAGAGAUAAGCAUUUUAAUUACUUAAAACAAAAUCUUUUAAAAUUUGUAGGUAGGUACCCAAGCAUGUGCGCACGUGUAAAUCAUGUAAAUGAGGACUCUUAUUAGAGAUAGCUAAUUCCAGUUAGUGUAUUAUACUUGCCUAGUUUUUGUUUAACUUGUGUGUCACAAGAAACUCCCUCGGUAGGAUCAAAUAGGUUUGAUUAGGGGGUUUUGAUAAGGGGUUGAUAAAUCUAAAAUAAACCAGUAACAAAACCGGCACCUUUUCUAAAAAUUUAAAACUGAAAACGAACGCAUGGUGGCGCUGUUGACUAAAAAAGAGAAUUAAGAGCUUGUACACUCCAUACUCACAGACAAACCUAGCGAGCGAUCCGGUGAGAUAAAACAAGGGCUUGUGGACCUGGACAGAUCUUUAAGCAGUAAAAUCUAAAUCUCUGGGACACAUUAAUUGUUAGGCUAUCUCCAAAAGACUUUGCUUUUCACAGAGAAGCAUAAAGCUCCUUUUGGUGACGAGCCCUUGGAAAAACACUGAAGAAAUACAAUGGAGGCCUGGAAGGAGAGCUUUCUUAAACAAAGGCAAGUCUUGCUUCUCUUUAUUUUUCUAGGUGGGUCUCUGGCUGGGUCCGGGUCUAGGCGCUAUUCUGUGGCUGAGGAAAAAGAGAAAGGCUUUUUAAUAGCCAAUGUAGCGAAGGAUCUGGGACUCAGGGUAGAAGAAUUGGCUGAAAGGAGAGCUCAGGCUGUUUCCAAAGGGAACAUACAAUAUUUUCAGCUCAACCAUCAGACCGGAGAUUUGCUCUUGAUUGAGAAACUGGACCGGGAGGAGCUGUGCGGUUCCGCAGAGCCUUGUGUGCUGCACUUUCAGGUAUUGCUGCAUAAUCCUUUGCAGUUUAUUACUAACGAACUCGAGGUCAUAGAUGUAAAUGACAAUGCCCCGGAGUUCUUUGAAAAUGCAAUGCAGCUCAAAGUCCUGGAAAGUUCCCCACCCGGAACAGUAAUUCCUUUGGGAAAUGCUGUGGACCCGGACGUGGGAAGAAAUGGACUCCAGAACUACACGGUGUCUCCCAAGUCCCAUUUCCACGUUCGCACCCGCCGUCGUAGGGAUGGAAGGAAGUAUCCAGAACUGGUGCUGGACAGAGCUCUGGAUCGGGAGGAGCAGGCAGAGCUCAGUUUGACUCUCACAGCCCUGGAUGGAGGCUCCCCACCUCGGUCUGGCACUGCCCAGGUUCAUAUCCUGGUCUUAGACAUAAACGACAACGCACCAGAAUUUACACAGUCACUCUAUGAAGUUCAAAUUCUAGAGAAGAGCCCUGUUGGCUCUGUUAUCAUCACGGUCUCAGCUUCUGACUUAGAUAUGGGGAAUUUUGGUGAAAUAUCGUAUGCGUUUUUCCAUGCUUCUGAAGAAAUUCUCAAAACUUUUCAACUAAAUCCCAUUACUGGUGAUAUAGAGCUAGUUAAGGGUUUGGAUUACGAAACAAUUAAUACUUACGAGGUUGACAUAGAAGCCAAGGAUGGUGGAGGCCUUUCUGGAAAAUGUACAGUCAUAGUCCAGGUAGUUGAUGUGAACGAUAACCCACCAGAACUGACUUUGUCAUCAGUGACCAGUCCUAUCCCUGAGAAUUCAGCAGAGACUGUGGUGGCUGUUUUCAGUGUGGCUGAUUUAGACUCUGGAGAUAAUGGAAAAGUAACCUGUUCCAUCCAGAACAAUCUCCCCUUCAUCCUGAAACCAUCUGUAGAGAACUUCUACACUAUAGUGUCUGAAGGAGCACUGGAUAGAGAGAGCAGAGCCGGGUACAACAUCACCAUCACAGUCAGCGAUAUGGGCACACCCAGGCUCACAACCCAGCACACCAUAACAGUACAGGUCUCUGACGUCAACGACAAUGCCCCCGCUUUCACUCAAAGCUCCUACACCCUGUUUGUCCACGAGAACAACAGCCCCGCCCUGCACAUAGGCACCAUCAGUGCCACAGACUCAGACUCAGGCUCCAAUGCCCACAUCACCUACUCGCUGCUGCCAACCCACGACACGCAGCUGGCCCUCUCCUCGCUCAUCUCCAUCAAUGCCGACAAUGGGCAGCUGUUCGCGCUCAGGGCGCUGGACUAUGAGGCCCUGCAGAGCUUCGAGUUCCGCGUGGGGGCAACAGACCAAGGUUCGCCCGCGCUCAGCAGCCAGGCGUUGGUGCGCGUGCUGGUGCUGGACGCCAACGACAAUGCGCCCUUCGUGCUCUACCCGCUGCAGAACGCCUCUGCACUCUGCACCGAGUUGCUGCCCAGGGCGGCAGAGCCCGGUUACCUGGUCACCAAGGUGGUGGCAGUGGACCGAGACUCUGGCCAGAAUGCCUGGUUGUCAUUCCAGCUGCUCAAGGCCACGGAGCCAGGACUGUUCAGCGUAUGGGCUCACAAUGGCGAGGUGCGCACCUCCAGGCUGCUGAGUGAGCGCGAUGCGCCCAAGCACAGGCUGCUGCUGCUGGUCAAGGACAAUGGCGAUCCUCCGCGGUCUGCCAGUGUCACUCUGCAUGUGCUGCUGGUGGAUGGCUUCUCUCAGCCCUACCUGCCUCUGCCAGAGGUGGCGCGCGACUCUGUACAGGACAAUGAGGACUUGCUUACACUCUAUUUGGUCAUCGCCUUGGCGUUUGUGUCUUCCCUCUUCCUCUUGUCUGUGCUGCUGUUUGUUGGGGUGAGGCUGUGCAGGAGAGCCAGGGCAUCCUCGCUGAGUGGCUGCUCUGUUCCUGAAGGACACUUUCCUGCUCACCUGGUGGAUCUCAGCGGCGCGGGAACCCUGUCCCAGAGCUACCAGUAUGAGGUGCAUCUGACCGGAGACUCUGGGACUGGUGAGUUCAAAUUCCUGAAUCCGGUGAUACCAAACCUGUUUAUGGAAGAUUGUGAGAGAGAAGUUAAGGAAAAUCCCCACUGCAGGAAUAGCUUUGUAGUCAGCUAAGUGUUGUUAAUGGUUCAUCAUCGCUCAGUUUCGUUAAACUUGUUGUAAUUGUUCUUUUAAAAAGUUAUAUUAUUCAACAGCCUUAAACCAGUAAUUCAACCUAUGGUAUCCCAAAUAGCUCUAAACUUGUUACUCUUUUAUUAAUGCUAGUUUUACUUAGGAUUUUGUAGUUGUGCCUAUUAUAUUCAGUUUCUCCAUAAUAUCUCGGUGCUUAUUGUCAUAACAGUUAAUGGAACUAAUGUCUUUAUGACAUUCUGGAACUUUUCAAUUCACUUAAGAACAAUUGAAGUUGUGUGUAUUUGUGGCACCUAUUUUUACCAUAUAACUUUGUGUUCUUUUAGGCUACAUUGUAAUUCUUUAUGAGUCCUUGGCCUUUUGGGGUUAAGCAAUCUGCACAGCUGUAAAAUUUAGAACAACUCUUUCUCCUGAAUAAUAUGUAAACACACAUUUCAUUAAAACAUCAGUGCAUGGAAGUUGUGCCAUGUCCUGUUGUGAGCACCGUGUAUCCUAGAGAUUGUUAUGUGUGCUUAUUCACAAGCAUGCCAUGAACACUAAAAUUAAACUUCUCAAAUAAUUACUAUACAAUAAAAAUCAAGGAGAAAAUAU